UUAAAGACUUUUGAAAAGGAGAAGAAGAAGAAGAGGAGGAUGCAACGUGUGUGUUUGUGUGAGUGGUUCUUUGUGUAUGUGUGUGUACAUUAUCCAGGCCACUUCAUAGAGCCUCUCCCUCAGAGCCGAGUCUUUGUCACAAAGCAUCACUGACUUAACAACCGCUGUUGUUGCUCUGUGAGUCCAGUCUGAGCUCGUUCCUCUCUGGACUCUUUGGAAUAAACAGCCGCUUCAGAUUCCAGGUCGAGGCUGCAUCAGAGGAGUUAAACUACAGGAGCAGAACAUGUUUGUCACUAUUCUGUUUGGAGACAGCAGGAUGGAAAUGUUCAAUCUGAACUGUAAGCUGAUAAACUUCAUACGCCAUGUAAAGGAGAGGUGUGGUCUGGACUUUAAAGAGUGUGUGGACCUGAUGGACAGCAGUGGUUCACUGAUGAACUUAGAGGACAAGCAGCACAGUGUGGCUCCGGCCAGCAGCAUGUUGGUCCAGAGACAAUACUACGUCCUCCUACACGUCUGCCGAGAUGAAGAUACUGGAGGUCGGAAAUAUGUGUCUCUCUUGAACAACUACAGCCAGAGUCAUCCUGAGUUAACAGAGUUGUUGAGGAAACUAACAAACCCCAACACGGAGCAAGACAGACAGAUCAGAGGACGGACACAGAGGGGAUUACCUGUCAGACAAACCAGGAGCAAGAACAUCUCUGAGAACAACAAGAGCCACAGAAUGAAAUAGUCACUACACACUUUUCUGUCAGAUUUCUGUCUGACACUUUUCUAUCGAGGAACUGACAGAAAACCUGACUCAUGCAUCCACUGAAUGACUCAUCAGAAAUAGAAAUUGAGGCCUAUGUUCCCUUGCUACUAACUGACUGAGUAGUUCUGUAUUAAAAUAUAAGUUCACAGUAUCUUUAACAGUAUUAAUGUAAUAAUGCUUUGAAAAAAUAUCUUGCCAAGCUUAUUUGUGCUUAUUUGUGUCUAUUCCCCAAACCUCUGAGCAACCUGAUGGUGGAUGUUGCGAGGAACUCCCUGCAUAAAUAAAUAGAUAUGUAACUUCCAACUCAAUAGCAGCAGCAUCUGUAUCCAGAUGUAAAUCAGGUAGAAGAACAACAGCAUGAAGAUUACAUUUUGUUAUAUUAAACAGUAGCAGAAAGAAUAUUCAAAAACGUCAGCAGAAUGUGACAAUAAUACCAUAGAAAAUUACAAUAAAGUAAAAGUAAAUAAAAAUGAAUUGUUCUCAGAAUGAAAAAAUACCAUGACAUCAUAGAUUUACUGGCAGAAUGCUUUUGGCUUUGUUAUCGACAGACCACUGAUGCUACAUUUGCUGUCUGUCUGUUUGCCUGUGCACCUGAAGAUUCAUGUUUGCAUGGAGUCAGCAUGUGUUUGUGAUUUCCUCACCAGACAUUUAACAAUGGAUCUAAAUCAGAACUGUCAGUGGUCCCACAAAACUGUGGGGUUAGUUUUCAGUGUGAGACGUGACCAGGAUCAGUGGGAUUCACUGGUUGGACAUAGUGAGUGUAAUUAAUGCAAAACUGUUGGAUUAGCAAAAAUAUAAAAUGAAUAGAAGGAUUUCAUAACUGCAAUAAACUCAAAUCACACUGUGAAAAUAUGUUGGAUGUAUGUAAAAUACUCUAAUGUUAGUCGGGAUUUAAAAAGUAGACAAAUUCUGAAAUGAAAAAAGGACUUUGAGAGAUGACUGAAGGAUCUACUGACACAUGGUGAAACACUGUGAUGUGAGGAUUUGUAAACACAAGGAGCCAGAGAUGUAGCACAGUUUAGUGAAAACCUUUUUGUGUUUUGGGUAAAGCUGCUUCUGUUGUUAUGAUAUGUUGUAUUAAUUAUGUUGUAUUAAUUAUGUCGUAUUAAAGUUCUGUUUUGUUUGAAAA